AUGUCACAACGACGUAUGUCAAGGACAAGUGCAAACGAACAGAAACCCAGUUCGUCAAGUUCAUUUCGUAUUUCGGAUCCGACUAUCAUUGAUUCGACGGUUAACACGACGGUGCAUACCGGAUUUACUACACCAAUCAGCAAUUCUGUCCCACCAGUUUUCAACACCUUAAACAAUCCCUUUGCUUUUAUCAACAAUCGUGUACCUAAUAAUAAUGACAAUGACAAUCGGAACUAUUUAUUUUCAACCGAUCGAUUCAAUCCUCCACUUUUACAACCUAAUAUUUCACCUUAUGCUGGUAUUAUCAAUAAUGAUCCAAGAUUCCAUUCUACCUCAGCGAUUUUUGCAAAUCCACUUCGGCAAUACAACUCAAUGGCUAUUAAUGGGACAACAACAUUUGAUCGGUUCUUACAAUCUCUUCCGCCAUCACAAGGGGCCGCCGCGAUAAAUACAUCAGUUCCUGUAAUCAGCAUAGCUUCUGCUACUCCUACUAUUCCGGCGGCAGGACACACAUCAUUACUUCCAAUAGCUGCAACCAAUAAUGUGGAGCCAUCAGCAUCAUCCAAUAUUCCGCCACCUUUAUUGAAUGAUCAGCCAUACAGAUAUUUGCUAUCAUUUGAACAACAAGCUAAAAUAGCGCAUGAAGCAGCGAUGCAUUACGCAAAUUUAACGGAACAUUUAAUGGAACAUGCAAGGAAUGCAGCGGCAGCCGAAAAUAUGCCGCUACCGCCAUUACCACAAGCGGUAUUUUCAAUGGUUCAAAAAUAUGAUCAAAAGAAAGAAUCGUUGCAAAAUUUUCAACAACAACAACAACAACAACAGCAACAAGAAGGAGAAAAAAAGGAUCAGCAUCCAACAUAUCUUACACUUAACAACAUGGCUACAUUUCCGCUUUCUGAUGCAAACACAGGAGUAGAUCGUAAUAUUUCUGAUCAACAACAAAUAUCUUCCGGAUUACUUGGACAGAAACGAUCGUUCACUGCUCCAUUCUCUGAAUCAGUACCAGUGAUGAAAGCUCGAUAUUCAGAUACUGUAUCUAAUACCACUGACACUACUCCUUCUCGUUCCGAAAGUAAUUCGUCAAAUAAAACAACAGCCGAAAUAUUACCCGUCUUAUCACCGCAUCCAUACUAUCCGGCAUCGAUGGAAAAUAACUUUGAGCAACAGCAAAAUGAAGUGAAAAUGGAUGAAAAUGGAAGGAAGAACGUUGCAGAAACGGUUAAUCAAUCAAUAAUUACACCAUUACGAACAAUUCAAGAACGCUUCAAUGGGAUGAAUGCAAAUUACGAAACGAAAGCAGACAGAAUUAUUCUAACGCAUGAGAACACGUCAAAGAAUUCUAGCACAAAUGCUUCUGAUAUAACGAAUACAUCAUCACAGCCCAAUUUUGAUUCUGGAAUUUCGAUGAGCGCAAGUUCAACGGAUAAACGGGAGCAGUUGUCCUUUGAUAAGCCAUCUUGGCCUACUUCAUUUACCGUAAGCAAUAUCCUGGUAGGAAAUGAAGGAAAAGGCGAAAUGGAUUCGUUAAAGCAUGUAACAGAAUCAACAACAGCUUUAAUAUUGAACCAAACGAAAGCGUUAAAUCCACAGGUAACAACAAACAUACCGGUAAUGCCAGCCAGUAACGUACUGCCAUAUCCGGUUUCACAACAAACCAUACAAAAUUGCAUAAACCAAGUAGUACAAACAUCCGGAUCUUCAAUUAUUCGUGCGCCAUUCAAAAACUUACCAGGAUAUACCAUAACAACAAGUGGAUUAUUGAUCACACCAGAUGGACGAGCAAUCCCACCAGCUGUGUAUAAUUGUUUUGGUAUACCGCGGCAACCAUUAGCUUCAUUGGAUUCAAAUCAAGAAGAUGACAAUAAUUUAUGUGCUAUAUGUGGUGAUAAAGCCUCAGGAAAUCAUUAUAGUGUACCAAGUUGUGAAGGAUGUAAGGGUUUCUUUCGAAGGACUAUACAGAAGAAAAUAGAAUAUGUCUGCUACAAGCAAAAUUCUUGUUUAGUCGAUCAAAAAAACCGGAACAGAUGUCAGAGCUGUCGGUUUAAGAAGUGUCUUCGGUUAGGCAUGCGUCAAGAAUCGGUACGUUUGGAUCGUAAUCGACGACGGAAAAAGGAUGAAAGCAGAGAAAAAGAAAUAGAAGAGAUCGAAGAAAUGAAAAAGCUUAAAGCUACAAUUAUCAGCGCUUACCGCGAAGCAUUUCCUCCAGGAUUUACUAUCGAUAAUCGGGAUGAAGCUGUAGAGAGGAUUCAUAUAUUCCUGAAUAAUAUUCCGAUGAUGAAUGAAAUUAAUGGGAAAGAUCGAGAAAAAGUGAUUGACAAUGGUGUUUAUGCAGCUUUGACUUUGCGUACUUCUUUCACAACUGAAAACUAUGAAGCAAUUGUGGGUGUUCGUAGCGAAGCGUUAGAACAAUGCGUGAAUGGUUUGGGAUUCGAUGUUAAUGAAGAAGAAAUGGCAAUUCUGACAGCAUUCUGUUCGUUGCAAAACUGCAUGGGAAUGGAUGACACUAACAAAAUUCAAAAUAUCGCUGCCAAAUUAUGUAACUGUCUCCGUGUUCAUUUGACAGCUUUCUACGAUGGAAUAAACGAAAUUCUGUACAAAUGCAUGAUGAGUGUAACGGCGUUAAUGCUAAUGCAAGCAAGCACUUAA